AUGGAGAACGCCGAGAAGCAAAAGUGGGCGAAGCGGCUGAAGGCAAUCGACCAUGCCGGCCACAAUCGCGAGCCCGAUGCUGGUGGGAUCCUAUCGGCUGAAGAGCGUGCUCGCCUACGGCUCCUGGUGUUCACCUCUGGGGCGCCCGCCACAAUGGCGAACCAUAUCCGUCGCUUUGAAAAAUUCGAACUUUGGGCUCAAAUGAUGCAGCUCGCCUUCUACCCGAUCACGGACGACCUUAUCCUGAAAUACGCCAUGGAGCUCGACACCAGAGAAUGCGGCCCAACAGUGGUGCCGUCUUUGAGGACAGCUCUUAAGUGGGUGGCUUUCCGCACUCACAUCAAGAUUCCUUCGGUCGAAACUGCCGAGAUCAAGGCUCUCGAGAAGAAGAUCUUCACUGAGAGAGGGAAACCUUUGAAAGAAGCGAUCGCCUUCCCGAUCGAGCUGGUUCAGGCGAUGGAGCAGUUCGUGGUGAACCCUGCGCAUGCCGCGCCAGCUCGGGUCUUCCUCUGGUGGGUACUUUGCAUGAUCUUUGCGUCGCUCCGUUUUGACGAUGCAAUCCACGUAAAGCCCCACGAGAUUGAGGUCUUGCCAGAGGGUCUUUUUGGGAUCUCCUGGCAGACCAAGACGGAGAGAAAGCGGCGCGGUACCAAGUUCAUGGUUCCCGACAUCGCCUUCUCUAAGGUCGCCUGGUUCAAGGCCUUGACCUGUUCAACCUUCAGUUUCCGCUCGUGGAACGUGACUUUUGGGUGCCCGAGCUCGACACUAAAGAGCAAUGGCGCGCCACUCCACCAGACUACGCACGGUCUUUGCAGUGGCUCCACCACUUGGUCUGGGUGGCUGGUCGCGACGCUGGACUCACUAAGGA